CGCUUUUGAGAUCUUUCCCAUAUGUGCCAUAGCACAUCAUCGUUGAAUGUCGUAACCUAUCCAUCCUUUACCAAGCUCCCAAGUAGAUAACGGCCAACCCCAACUACAUCGACGACAUUUAGCCAUCUACAAAAUAGCAUUGAAGAAUUUAUUGGAAUCGGUUAUCAGCACGACCCUUUGACAACCCGAAGUCAUGGUUUCAAGAUGGACAUACAUCACGCUGACGAUGUUGCUGUGUGUGGAGUUAGGGGAGUCACGGACGUUUCGAGCCGCAGUUCUUGAACACGCCUUGCACCUUCCUAACAGGACCUUUGUCGUAUCCAGACAACAAGCGUUGGCUUAUGUUGAACCUAAUUUGGCCGAAUUCGAGCGUCAAGCCGCAAUCGCCCGAACACAGAAUGUUGAUAUUCUGGUCACUCCAGAGGAUGGAAUCUACGGCAUGGGUUACAAGAGGACAACACUGAGGCCUUAUCUGGAAACCAUUCCUGACCCAAAGCAGGUGACAUGGAACCCGUGCACGGCCUCCGCAGACAUACCCAACGUUGACGUCCAACGACGUCUCAGCUGCCUCGCACGUGACAAUGCCCUCUACCUGGUAGCAAACUACGGCGAUAUCCAACCCUGCUCCGUCCGGAACGACUCCAACUGCCCCUCUGAUGGUCACUACCAACACAACACAAACAUUGUGUUCGACCCUAACGGUACACUCAUUGCUAGGUACCACAAAAAGCACCUUUUUUUCGAAUACCAAUUUGACGAACCAUCUGAAGCCAAAAAUAUCGUGUUUGAAACGCCGUUUGGCAAAUUUGGCGUGUUCACCUGCUUUGAUAUUAUGUUCGAGAAGCCAGCUGUUUCCCUCAUUGACGACCUCGGCGUUGGCAACAUCGUGUUCCCCACAGCGUGGAUGGAUGCUCUACCUUUCUUAGCUGCAGUGGAGUUCCAUUCAGCCUUCGCCAUGGGGAUGGGUGUGAACUUCCUGGCCGCAAACAUCCAUCGGCCCGAGUAUAGGUUUCACGGCAGCGGCAUUUACACACCAGACGGCGCUGCGGUAUACUAUUACAACGACACUGUCGGCUCUGGAGGUGGAAAACUCCUAAUUGCGGACAUUGAGGUUCUGGAUAAACCUACACGUCGCCUUGCCAACGAUCAAACCAAACCAGAUUCGAGGAUGCUCAGCGUGGACCAGUUUGAAUUUAAGUCCUACGCUUUCAAUGAUUUGUUUAACUUUGUUUCCCUUCGAGAUUCUCACGCUGACGAAAUCAAGGUUUGCCAUAACGCUCUCUGUUGCCACGCUAAGUACACGGCCAACAUCCAUGAAGGUGACAGGUAUGCACUUGGCGCAUUUGAUGGCCUACACACAUACGAGGGGCAAUAUUACCUUCAAAUAUGCACAAUGCUUAAAUGUGCCAAUUCGUCUUAUUCAAGCUGCGGCUCACCAACAUUAGAUGCCAGGUCCAUCUUCUCCAACAUUAACAUAUGGGGCACAUUCAACACACCCUACCUCUUCCCGGAAGUGCUGAUGUCAGACAGCGGAAGUCUCGCCCUUGCGCAGACGCAGUUGAGCUUCAAGAACGGCACUCUCGACACCAAGAAUCCCUUGGAUCUCUCGCUGUUGUCUGCAACGGUGUUCGGUCGGAAAUACAGCUGGGACGACGGCAACGUCUACUACAUGCCGUCUGGUAGCUACAGCCACGACAGCUGUCUCCUGGCCCUCCUCUUGUGCCUCUUGUGCCUUUUGUGA